AUGACCUCAGACACAGAUCACACUUGUAACUCCACACAACACGCCGAAAAGGAACAAUCUUCCUCGUCACUGCAAUACGUCAAUGAACAAUUAGUACCAGGUUUUUCUUGGAUCAUUCAAGAUGAAUUGGCCGGAAUGAAAUUCCCAAAUGAAUCACAAUUUUACGAAAACUUAUUAUCGGAACCGUUUGGAGUAGGUCUAGUCAUUUGUGUCAAUGAGAAGUUACCUGCGUUUAUUGGCAAUAGCAAUUCUAAUAUAAAUAUUAGCAUCAAGAAAAUGCAUGUCAUAUCCAGUGUCAAUGAUUUGAAUUCAAAUUUAAAUGUUGCACAUUUCCCCAUUGACGAUUAUGGCACUCCAAAUAAUUUUGAAAUGGUUGAGAAAAUUAUCGAACUUGUACGCACUGUGAAAAGCAACACGAUACAAAAUAUGGAAAGUAAGGGAAUUGUGGUGCAUUGUAUGGCAGGAUUGUCUCGAACUGGAAUGGUUCUUGCAUGCAUUCUGGUCUCUGUGUGGAAAAUGACUGUUUCAGAUGCUAUCCAACUUGUGAAUCAAAAACGUGGAAAGAAUGGACGAGCUGUCAUGACCUUUAAACAAGAGAAAUUUGUACAAGAUUUCUACAAUUAUUGUAAUAAUAAAAUCUAA